UCCGUUCCAAUCAAUCAAACAAUUGCGGCGACACACAAAAAUGCCUGGGACUGAGGGAAAGAGAGCAUACGCUGUUGGGGGCUCUUAGGAGCUGUAUGGGACAGUCGAGCCAUCAUGGCCUGAAAUCUUUAGGGGGGUGGGGCAGAAAAUGUUGGGUUUUAAGAGACAGGAGGUUUGUAUUCUAGUAAGGGCGAGCGCUGAGUACAGGCCCGAGUUUAGCGGUUCUCUCAGCCCAGUCAGCCGAGAGAAAACGAUCUCCGGUCUUGUUUAAUGAUAAUAAUUCAAAUCAGUCUUUACAUUGUGUUCACAUUACAGACAGAGCUCAUUAGAUGAAAGAAGCGCAGAAUUGGAUGUUUAUAAGAGCCAGUGGUGCGCUGAAUGCGAGACUCAUGUGUUUGCUAACGGGCUAGUGUGUACUAGCUAACUAACUGUUGCUUACUAGAGAGGAGCACGGCGUUUAAUGAUUUACUAACCAUUUAUACCGCUAUUAUUAAUAGUAUACCAUACUGCUGUCCCACUUACUAUAUGUGUUUACACAGGGUGACGAGUGGUUCACAUUCAUUAAAGUUUAGUCGUUGCUGAUGGCUAAUAAACAAACCGAUCACCGCGGACUGACUGUAGGGUCUCGGUUUAUGGAUUCACAUUCAGUUUGAUUUUAAACAAACAUUUCUUUCAUAAAUACUUGGCUCGCUGGGCUUGUGACAGUGUAAAUGUGGUUAUUUUGUUUCUUCGCGAAAUUAUCGAAUGCAUUUGAGACUUUCCUUACUAAUACAUGAAGCGACUGUAGUUGCGCACCUUUUAUAUAAGGUAAAAAUAUCACACAUGUACUGUAUUAUUAAAACAACGUGCGUGAAAACACGUGGAUUGCAUUUCUCAAGCAGCGAGACCGGUAACAGUGUUGGCGCCCACCAGAGCAGUAGGGCGGAGCUGUGAGAUUAUAAAUGUUGUAAAACUUGGGAAUGAUGUUACUGCAACAGGACAGUCAUUUCCUUAUCAGUACUUUAUUUUACGCUUCCCUUUGGAUACGUUUUCAUAGUACUGUACGCGUUCUCUCUUUUGGCGGUGAAGGCAUGAAACCACCGAAGUCAUUUGCUGCCGCAUGCCCAUAUAAUGCUACAGUGUUGGCUGAGGCAACUUUGAAUAUGAUGGCUGCCCAGUCCGUGUCCAUAGACAAAUAUCAAGAGGGAGACCAGCAGAUGCAGGUAUUGGAGCAAGCGGACAGUGAGCCUGAAAAGGGCUUUGCCAAUGGAAACGCAGGAAGAUCUAGCAGCCCUGCAUCCACCGAACCACAGACACAAAUGGAUACAGACAAAGCCUCUAUAUAUAGACAUCCCCUUUUCCCUCUUUUGGCUCUUCUGUUUGAGAAGUGUGAGCAGUCCACUCAGGGCUCUGACUGUGUAACUUCAGCCAGUUUUGAUGUUGACAUUGAGAACUUUGUACGCAGUCAGGAGAAAGAGGGCAAGGCGUUCUUUAGUGAAGACCCUGACCUCGACAACUUGAUGAUCAAGGCCAUCCAGGUGCUGAGGAUUCAUCUAUUAGAGCUAGAAAAAGUUAGUGACCUGUGCAAGGACUUCUGCAGCCGUUACAUUUCCUGCCUCAAGACCAAGAUGAACAGUGAGACACUGUUGAGUGGAGACCCAGGCAGCCCAUACUCUCCAGACCAUGACCAGAUGUCAAGCUCUUUCUCAGGGGCCCUCGGCCCCCAGGGCAUUGUGGUGCCUGCAUCAGGCCUUCAUCAAGGCAAUGUUGCUGUGACAACAGUCAGUCCAUCACAGGUGGUGACAGGUAAUACAGUAUAUCAGCCUGUGACAGUUGUCACACCACAGGGGCAAGUGGUGACACAAGCUAUCUCACCUGGAACAAUACAUAUUCAGAACUCACAGCUCCAACUUCAGCUCAAUCAGGAUUUGAGUUUCUUCGGUGCAGAGGACAGCUCCUCUAAAAACAAGCGUGGUGUUCUUCCUAAACAAGCCACCAAUGUCAUGCGCUCCUGGCUCUUCCAGCAUAUCGCACACCCCUAUCCCACUGAGGAGGAAAAGAAACAGAUUGCAAUUCAAACAAACCUGACUUUACUCCAAGUCAACAAUUGGUUCAUUAAUGCCCGCAGACGGAUCUUGCAGCCAAUGCUGGAUGCUAGCACCACAGAGGCACCCAAAACCAAGAAGAAAACUCCCCCAAGCCGCCCACUACACCGCUUCUGGUCUGAUACCGUCGCCUCUUCUGGAACCCAGGAGCAGCUCACAAUGCAAGAUGGUGGCAUGGUUACAGUUGGGAUGAAUGUAGAUGGCUUCCAGGCGCUUUCAUCAGAUGGAGCAACUCUUGCCAUGCAGCAAGUCAUGAUGGGGAAUCACAGUGAAGAUGAAUCAGAAGAAAGCGAUGAUGAAGAUGACACCUUGUCAUCUACCAACAUGACCGUGCUGGGUUUAGAUGUUAGCGACUGAGCCACAUGGAUGUGAAACACACUGCAUGCAUACAUACACAUUGGAAAACUUGAACAUUUGGAGCAAGAGAUCCAGUCCCCUCAGCAAAGCUGAACUACAAAAAAAAUGUGCACUACAAAAAUUAGGAGUACAGUACGUUGGCCUAUACAACCCCAAUUCCGGAAAAGUUGGGACAGUAUGAAAAUUGCUAAUAAAAACAAAAAGGAGUGAUUUGUAAAUUAUAUUCACUUUUUGCUAUAUUGAAAGUACCACAACUACAUAUAAUAUGAUGUUUUACCUUGUCAAUUUUUUUUAAAUGUACAGUAAUUUCAAAUCAGAUGAUUGCAACAUGCUCCAAAAAAGUUGAGACAGUCAAGUGUUUACCAUUGUGAAACAUCACAAUUUCUUCUAAUAUCACUUAUUAAGCAUUUGGGCACUGAAGACACAAGUUUGUUAAGUUUAUAAAGUGGAAUUUUCCCCCAUUCAUCCAUUAUGUAGGUCUUUAGCUGCACAAUUGUACGGGGUCUUCGUUUCUGGAUGGUGUGCUUAAUAAUGCGCCACACAUUCUCAAUUGGAGAUGGUCAGGACUGCAGACAGGCCAAUCUAACACACGCACUCACUGCUUACACAGCCAUGCACUUGUAAUCUGGGCAGUAUGUGGUUUGAAGUUGUCCUGCUGGAAAAUGCAGGGACAUCCAUGGAAAAGACAGUGCUGGAUGGCAGUAUAUGUUGCUCCAAAGUUUGUACAAAUCUGUCUGCAUUCAUGGUGUUCUCACAGAUGUGCAAGUUACCCAUGCCAUGGGCACUGACACACCCCUGGCCCAUACAGACACUGGCUUUUGGACCUGACGCUGAUAACAGCUUGGAUGGUCCUUUUCCUCUUUGUCCCAGAGAACACGACGGCUGUGUUUUUCAAAAACUUUUUGAAAUGUGGACUCUUCGGUCCAAAAAGCACAGUUCCACUGUUCUACUUUCCAUCUAAGAUGAGACUGAGCCCAGAGAAGUCAGCAGUGCUUCUGGACAGUGUUGAUGUAGGGCUUCUGCUUUGAAUAGUAAAGUCUUAACAUGCAUCUGUGGAUGCAGUGGCGAAUGGUGUUGACAAACAAAGGUUUACUUAAGUUAUCCCAAGCCCAUGUUCAUGAUAUCCUUUACAGAUGAAUGAUGCUUUUUAAGUCAGUGACGUCUGAGGGAUCAGAGAUUCAGAAGUGGUUUUUCGUCUUGCUCUUUACACACCAAGGUUUGACUUUUAAUAUUCUGCACUGUAGAGAGUCUCUUGCUCUUGAAGGACUAGGCUGUAUUUGGAGGCUCCUUACACAGUAUACAAUACUAUGACACAAUUUCCUCACCUGUUUAACAUCUCCUGUUUCACAUCGCCUUGUUAUUUCAACUCAUCAAAUUGUUAUUAGUCUUAAAUUGCCCGUCUCAACUUUUUUGGAGCAUGUUGCAAUCAUCUGAUUUGAAAUUAAUGUACAUUUUCAAAAAAAAUGAUACAAUUCACAAGGUAAAACAUCAUAUUAUAGUAGUUGUAGAGCUUUCAAUAUAGCAAAGGGUGAAUAUAAUUUACAAAUCACUCCUUUUUGUUUUUAUUAACAUUUUUCAUACUGUCCCAACUUUUUCGGAAUUGGGGUUGCAUAUUAAACACAAACACAUAUGAACAGUUUACAGAGCACAAUGUUACUGAAAGAUGCCAUGUAUGAAGAAUUGCAUUUCAGCACCUGUUUUUAUUGCAUAGUUAUGCAGUCAAGUGCACUUUUAUGUAUGAGAUACCCUUUUAGAAAAUAGACAAGAAAGAUGCAAGAACUUAACACCUAGAGGCAAGUUUUUAAGCCAGUGCAUGUAUGGUAAUGAUUUUGUUUUCUAUUUUAAGUCAUUUGAAUGCCAAGAUUUUGAGAGUUUGUCCUUGUGCUGGUUUUAUUCACACUGCAUGCUAUGUUUUCUAAAGUAUGUUCUCAUUUCUGAGAAAAGAGAUUCUUAUUUUUAGAUAUUAACGUUGUACAAAAAAAAAGUGUUGUUUUUCCCUUGUUUUUUUUUUAUAUAAGUUUGUGUUUUAUAAGGAAUAUUUAUGUACAGAAGCAUUAUAGCGAUCUGCCCUGUUUUCAGGAGAUGCUUAAAUUUUUUUUAGAAAAGCAAACAAAUAUGGAUUGAAAACCAUUUUUAAAUAUGUAAUUGGUUUAAACACACACAAGUUACAAAAUGCCUUACAUAUUCUUCUGUAAAUCUAUGUAGCUGAUACGCACAGAAGGCCUAAUACGUUGACUAUGUUCAGUUAAAUAUCAGUUACAUCAAGGUCUCUUCUAGUUAAUGUUUGUCCUUAUGUAGAAGUUGUUCCUUUGUUUCAGAGGGGGCACUUUGUAUUUGCUCAAUAGGACAGAGCCUAUAGUCUCAAUAAUGAAGUUUUGAUCUAACAUAAGCUUACCAUAUCAACUAGAUUAAUUAAAAGAUGCUUUGGAAAUAAUGAUGGCAUAAAAUGUUCUUAUAAAAGUCAAAUAAAGGUCGAGGCUGAACCUUU